AUGCAUAUUCCUUCUCUCUCUGUUGUUGCUAUCACAGCGCUGCUGGCCGUGCCUACUUUGGCAAAGCCAACUGAACCCAAGAUCAACCUUCGUUCUUGGGAUGAAGCCUAUACGAUGGCAAAGACCUUGGUUAGUAAGAUGUCCCUUGAACAAAAGGUCAAUAUUACUACUGGUAUUGGUUGGCAAAAUGGUCCCUGUGUUGGUAAUACUUAUGCCAUUAGCAAUCCUGAUUUCCCUUCUCUUUGCUUACAAGAUGCCCCUCUCGGUAUUCGAUUCGCCUAUAACGUCACCUCCGGUGUUUCUGGUAUCAACGCUGCUGCUUCAUUUGAUAGAAAGGCCAUCCGUGAUCGUGGUGUCUAUAUGGGCCAAGAGUUUCGUGGAAAAGGUGUUCACGUUCAAUUGGGCCCCGCAGUGAACUUUAUGAGAUCUCCCGAGGGUGGUCGUGGCUGGGAGUCAGGCGGAGAAGAUCCAUUCUUGACGGGUGUUCUCGCUGAAGAAACUGUCUCGGGUAUCCAAAGUCAAGGUGUUAUUGCUACUGCCAAGCAUUAUAUCUUGAACGAUCAAGAACUUAACAGAAAGACUGGGUCAUCUGAUGUUGAUGACAGAACUUUGCAUGAAAUAUAUCUCUGGCCCUUUGCCCGUGCUAUUGAAGCAGGCGUUGCGUCCAUCAUGUGUAGUUACAACCAAGCUAAUGGAACCUUUGCUUGUGAGAAUGAUUAUCUCUUGAACACUGUCUUGAAGGGUGAACUUGGAUUCAAAGGCUUUGUGCAAUCAGAUUGGUCAGCUACUAUGUCUACUGUUAAUUCGGCAAAUCAUGGCCUUGAUAUGACUAUGCCUGGUGAUAUCACUAUGGGUUCUAACGAUUCUUACUUUGGUAAAAACUUAACGGAUGCCGUUCAUACCAAGAAAGUAUCAGAGUCUCGUGUGACAGAUAUGGCCACUCGUAUUGUCGCUGCUUGGUAUAAGCUUGGACAAGAUAAAAACUUCCCCAAGACUACACUUGACUCCUUUCAUCUUGAAAAAGCACCCUAUGUUAACGUUCAAUCCGAUCAUUACAAACUGGUCCGCUCAAUGGGUGCAGCCUCUACUGUACUUUUGAAGAAUAAUGGAAUCUUGCCAUUAACCAAGUCUGUCAAGAAGGUUGCCUUUGUAGGAAGUGAUGCUGCAGUCAAUCCAGAUGGUAUUAAUGCAUGUGAAGAUCAUGGUUGUGACAAAGGUACCCUUGCUCAAGGCUGGGGAUCCGGUACUGCUUUCUUCCCAUACCUUGUUGAUCCUAUCACUGGCCUCACAAGCGCUUUGGGCAAAGGUGUCAAGUAUACAAAGUCUUUAGAUGACUGGAAUCUUGACGCUGCCACUGCUGCUGCCAAGGAUGCUGACGUUGCUUUUGUAUUUUCGAAUGCUAACUCAGGAGAAGAAUAUAUUGUUGUGGAUGGUAAUGUUGGUGACCGUAACAAUCUCAGCCUAUGGAAUAAUGGAGAUAACUUGAUCAAAGCUGUUGCAGAUGCAAACAAGAAUACUGUCGUCGUCAUUCACUCUGUGGGCCCCGUUCUGAUGCCCUGGAUUGACCAUCCCAACAUCAAGGCUGUUGUUUGGCCUGGGCUUCCCGGACAAGAAUCCGGUAACUCUCUUGCUGAUAUUGUCACUGGCAAGGUCAAUCCUUCUGGUCGUCUCCCAUAUACCAUUGCCAAGAAAGCCUCAGACUAUCCUCUCAAGCCAGACCCUGCUCACAAUGUUGUUUACAAAGAAAAGCUUUUGAUGGGAUACAAAUGGUUCGACGCUAACAAUGUCACCCCUCUCUUCCCAUUCGGUCAUGGCUUGUCGUACACCAACUUUACUUAUAGCGACCUCAAAGUAAAGGCUAAAGGAUCCGGUAAAUCAAGCAAGGUCACUGCUACAGUAACAAUCAAAAACACAGGUCACCUUGAUGGCGCUGAAAUUCCUCAACUUUAUCUCGGUUUCCCUGAAAGCGCAAAUGAACCUCCCAAGCUCCUCCGUGGCUUCGAGAAGGUGUUUAUCAAGUCUGGCAAGAAGGAAAAGGUCGAAUUUGAUUUGACAUCAACUGAAUUGAGUAUCUGGGAUACUGAUUCUAAGGCCUGGGUAGUUCCUUCUGGCAAGUUCACUGUUCAUGUUGGUGCAUCAAGCCGCGAUAUCAGACAGUCUGCAGACUUUACCUUAUAA